GAGUUUGCAUAUAAGCCGGCAGCUUUGCAUCCCAAUUAGAUAGUCAAACCUUCCCCCACUGGGCAAGGAGGACUGCUGGUGCGUGAAGAUGGGUAUCUAUGAGGAAAGAGGGGAACGGAUUGAACCCAAGAGGAAGCCAUUGAGUUGGAGAACCAAAUAUGCACCUUCCAGAAGGAGACGUCCAAUUGAACUCCUCUAUGCAAUUGGAGGACUGAGCCCCAAUGGCAAUGUGAGCGGUGUGGAGUAUUACAACCCCUUGGAGCAUGAAUGGAAAGUCCUGGGACCCGUCUCAAAGCAUCGGUGCGGUGUCGGGGUGGCUUCUUUGAAUGGCUCCAUCUACGCAGUUGGUGGCCACGACGGUGUGGUGUGUCUCAGCAGUGUUGAGAGGUAUGAGCCUGAAAAUAAUGCAUGGAAGAAGGAUGUGGCUCCGCUUAGUGAACCCAAACAAGAUGUCGCUGUGGUUGAACUGGGAGGCUACCUGUAUUGUGUUGGGGGCUACGAUGGCCUGCUGUGUGUUGACACUGUGGAGAGAUAUGACCCCCAACUCAACCGAUGGCACAAAAUGGCACCCAUGAAUCGCCGCCGGAGAGGCCUGGGCUUGGCAGUGUUGGAUGGUUACCUCUAUGCCGUCGGUGGUUCUGAUGGCGAGUCCCCUUUGUAUUCAGUGGAGCGUUACAAUCCCACGGAAGACAAAUGGACUCCCUGCCCUCCGCUGCGGACCUGCCGGGAGAACCUGGGCUGUGUCACUUUCCAAGGGAAGAUCUAUGCCGUUGGAGGACGGGACGAUCUUACUGAACUCUGCAGUGCGGAGAGAUUCGAUCCUCUUGCCAAUGAAUGGUCCGCCAUUCCACCCAUGAAGUCCAAAAGGAGCAAGGUGAGCCUGGUUGUUGCAAACGGUUACCUCUUAGCCGUCGGAGGCUACGAUGGCCUUGUCCAUGUGGCCACUGUGGAAGCGUUCGAUUGGGAAAUGAAUAAAUGGAGGCGUUUUGGCAGCAUGCAAACCCGUCAUCCUGGUGGAGGUGUCACUGCCAUCAAAACAGCUCCUUAUGAUCCUGAUUUUUCUGACUCUCCCUGGAGCAGAUAAAAAUCAUCAUCAUCAUCAUCAUCAUCAUCAUCAUCAUCAUCAUCAUCAUCAUCAGAUUUUGCAAUCUGGCUUGGUGGGUUGAUUUAUUCAGUUAGGGCAAGUUUUUAUUUGGAAGCUGGCAUUGGCACAUUUCUACCAAUUGCUUCCGAAUCCAUGAGUCUGCCUCCAAAUCUACAACCGCGGUUGUAAACUGGGCUUAAGAUAGAUAUGGUCUAGAGCUGAACUGAACUAGAGAGUGGUAGGUAUUAAUACUGUCAAUGAUGCAGAUGCAGAAGUGUAAUGCAAACAAAUGACAAUACACGACGGAGACAUGUAAUAGAAACAAGUGACAAUCCAUGAUGCAGAUGCACAAUACAAAAAAGUGACAAUCCACAGUGCAGACGUGUAACACAAGCAAGUGACCAUAAGUGGCAAUGUUUAUAAAAAGGUCACCGUGUUCGUGUGUAUCAGUCUAAAAAGAUAUCAAGGAAUCCUGUUAGUAUCUUUGAGAGCAACCAAGAGAAGAAAUUGCUAGCAUAAGCUUUCAUGGACUCUAGUUUGCUUUGCCUGAUUUCAGUGCAGAGGAUAUGGUUUUGCCACUGGUUUACCACAUGGACUUUUUCAACUCUAUUGAAAUAGGUAAUCUGGUAGAAUAUGUUUUAAUGGAUUAAAUCCCCCAAAUAAAUCAGA